CAUGGCAGACCAUCCCCCAGGCCCAACACGACCCAAACGACCAGGCCAUGCAGGCACGUCCAGCAACGAUAACUAGGGUGAGUCAGCACGUCCCGUCAUUGAUGUGCCGGGCCACGGGCCAGACCUUGCCGCGCAGCCCGUUUGACACCCUGAGCCGAUGGAAAUAAGUUAAAUAACUAAUAAUAGCAGAUGCUGUAUUGAGACCGUUCACUUUAGUUGUAAUGUCUAGUAGCUUCCCUCCCCCUCCGAUACUGUCAUUCGCAGAGAUGGCCACUUCCAUCUCUGAACUCCACCAAGCCCAUGCCCACAUUCUCAAGUCCGGCCUCAUCCACAGCACCUUCGCCGCAAGUCGACUCAUUGCCUCCGUCUCCACCAACUCCCACGCUCAAGCCAUUCCUUACGCUCAUUCCAUUUUCUCUCGCAUUCCCAAUCCCAACUCCUACAUGUGGAAUACCAUUAUCCGAGCUUAUGCCAAUAGCCCCACUCCAGAAGCUGCUCUCACGAUCUUUCAUCAAAUGCUCCAUGCUUCUGUUCUUCCUGAUAAGUACACCUUUACGUUUGCGUUGAAGUCGUGUGGAAGUUUUUCUGGGGUUGAGGAAGGGCGACAGAUUCACGGUCAUGUUCUCAAGACUGGGCUUGGGGAUGAUUUAUUUAUUCAAAAUACUUUAAUUCAUUUGUAUGCAAGUUGUGGGUGUAUUGAAGAUGCGCGCCAUUUGCUUGAUAGAAUGCUGGAAAGGGAUGUUGUUUCUUGGAACGCUUUGUUGAGUGCUUAUGCAGAAAGGGGUUUGAUGGAGUUGGCGUGUCAUUUAUUUGAUGAAAUGACUGAAAGAAAUGUGGAGUCUUGGAAUUUUAUGAUUUCUGGGUAUGUGGGUGUUGGAUUGCUUGAAGAAGCGCGGAGGGUUUUUGGUGAGACGCCGGUGAAGAAUGUGGUUUCUUGGAAUGCCAUGAUUACUGGUUAUUCUCAUGCCGGUCGUUUCAGUGAAGUUUUGGUGCUUUUUGAAGACAUGCAACACGCAGGGGUGAAGCCUGAUAAUUGUACGCUUGUAAGUGUGUUAUCUGCUUGUGCCCAUGUUGGUGCUUUGAGCCAAGGGGAAUGGGUUCAUGCAUAUAUUGACAAGAAUGGGAUCAGUAUUGAUGGUUUUGUUGCUACUGCUCUUGUGGAUAUGUAUUCCAAAUGUGGGAGCAUUGAGAAGGCUUUGGAAGUUUUUAAUAGUUGUUUGAGGAAGGAUAUUAGUACAUGGAAUUCAAUAAUUUCAGGAUUAAGCACCCAUGGAUCUGGACAACAUGCUUUACAGAUUUUCUCUGAGAUGCUUGUGGAGGGUUUUAAACCCAAUGAGGUUACCUUUGUAUGUGUUCUAUCUGCUUGCAGUCGUGCAGGCCUGCUGGAUGAGGGACGUGAGAUGUUUAACCUCAUGGUUCAUGUUCAUGGAAUUCAACCAACCAUUGAGCACUAUGGCUGUAUGGUGGAUUUACUUGGCCGGGUUGGACUGUUAGAAGAGGCUGAAGAACUUGUACAAAAAAUGCCACAAAAAGAAGCUUCUGUAGUAUGGGAAUCUCUUCUGGGAGCUUGCAGAAACCAUGGUAAUGUGGAAUUGGCAGAGCGAGUUGCACAGAAGCUCUUAGAGUUGAGUCCUCAAGAAAGUUCUAGUUUUGUUCAGUUGUCAAAUAUGUAUGCGUCUAUGGGAAGAUGGAAAGAUGUUAUGGAGGUGAGGCAGAAGAUGAGGGCACAAGGAGUAAGAAAGGAUCCAGGUUGUAGCAUGAUUGAAGUGGAUGGAACUGUCUAUGAGUUCUUAGCUGGUGAAGGAUUGGUUUCUGGAAAGGACUUUACGUGAAGGAUUCAUUGUGGUAAAAUCAAGGAGAUGAUCAAGACUUUAGAGGGUCACGCGUACUAACUGUUUUGCUUAGGAGAAGCAAGAAAAAAGUUACUUCUGCUGCAUGAUAUCAGUUACACUAAGAGCUACACUUUCCAAGUAGAAAAUGAUCGUCAUAACCAGAGACUGUAGGUGGUAGCCCUUUACUGUUGUUUAUGUUCCUUGGAGAGUUGCAGUUUGGAAGAAGGCUUGUUAAAAAAGCGUGGUAUUUAAAACACCAGUUGUUUGGAAAGUAAAACAAUGGGAAUCCGGUGCUUCAAUUAACCAUAAAUAUAAUUUCUGCAGAA